UCUAAACAGAAAACGAACAUAAAAAACAACUACUGCACUUACGUGCACAGUUCUUCUAUCUUUUUAUGUGUGUAUAUCGCAUAUUACUGAAUGGUUAGUCAUGUCUUCGAGCCAUGCUAAGGACUCCAGCUUUUUGGGAGGAAGGAUACCAGCAGAAGUCGAAUCAUUGUCGAAAAACCUGAAGGAUGUGGACCAAGAGAUGUUCAGGAAAAUACUGAAAGCUGUGGUCAGUGCUCUGGAGGGGAAGGACUGCAGAGAGGUGAUGAAGUCCAUAGCAGAGAGCAGUGUCGUCCCUCAGGAGAGGCUCAGUCACAUCGUAGCUGGGAUGUACAGACUGCUGUCUGAGGCCAUCCGCAUCCCUGUGUCAUCACUUAAACAGGAGGCCUUCAAAGAAGAUCUUAGAGAAGUGAGGAUACCAGAAGACUUUAUCACAGAUUUCUCCAGUGUUGUUUUUGGAAAUCGUCGUGCGGUUCUAGACGCAGCAACAUCCCAGAAUGACCCCCACCUGCCUACAUUAGACCAACUCAAAUGGAGGGUGGAUGUUGCCAUUUCUACCAGCUCUUUAGCGAGGGCCCUGCAGCCUUCUGUUCUGAUGCAGAUGAAACUCUCAGAUGGAAGUUUUCAUCGGUUUGAGGUGCCUGUGACCAAAUUCCAGGAGCUACGUUACAACGUGGCUAUGAUCCUCAAAGAGAUGAACGCUCUGGAGAAGAGGAGCAUUCUCAAGAUCCAAGAUUAAAACACCAUGCAGGGCUGUUGAUGAAUUAAAGGGGGCCUAUUAUGCUUUUCUUUAUUGUAAGUCCUAUAUAUGUUGAAUAAUAUAUCGGAUGUUCUUGUUAAAAGUGGCCAUAGUAUUAAAUAAUGAGGUAAACACAUGUAGAAGUAAUCCCUGUGAGCAGAAAGCACCAGCUUCAGACUGCUCUGAACGUUUUUUUCUACUUCCAGCCCAAGCUGACAUCAGCUCGUGACAGAUUUCUUUAUAUGGUCAUCGGUGAACAGCGCACAAGUUUACUGCUCCGCUCCGCUAACAUUAUAGCAUAUUUCCACCGUUUUAGGGGUUUUGAUGCAGAGUCAUGACUCCAUUACACAGCAGGGCAAAGUAAAAUAAGUAGUGUACCUGUUGGAGGUGUGCUAGUCAUCUACAGCUUUUCACCAAUCAUCACUGUGACUGUUUCUGCUGGUACUAUUCCUCUCUGCAGUAUUUCUAAUUUAGCCGCUAAACAAAGAGCUCCAAAUAUCUCAAUGUUGUUUCAGUCCGUUUUUGGCGUCACUAAUAAAGCUCUGCUAAUUCAGUGAGGAACAUGUUUCUCCUGUAAAUUCUUCACAAUAAAAUGCUCUUGCUAUUAAGUACUUUAAAAGCUUUUAGUAUAAAGCAGUGAAGCAGGAAAUGUUGGGUUUGCAUCUGCGGUAACUUAACACGACUCUGAUGCAUGCUUUUAUUCUGUAGCUUCUGGAAAGCAGGCCAAUCAGAACAGAGUUGGCUCAUCGGGAGGGGGCCUUAAAGAGACAGGAGCUAAAACUGCCUAUGAAGUAUAUUUUCGACCUGUUAAUCAUGCCAAGUUACUCUACUGGAAAUACAACAUUUUAGUGCUGGAAAUCAGCAUAAUAGGUCCUCUUUAAACUGUCCUCUCUGCUUAGUUUGUGACAUCCGGUGGAGUUUUGUAAAUGUAAACAGCGCACACAAUACCACUGAUUUUAAGAAUUUCAAUAUAUAAUGUUGUGUAAAUGAUAAUAAUCAAAAUGUCAUGAUGUUAUGCUUUGAUGGUGUUGGCAUCCAACAUGCUUGGUUAUUGACAAAGUGUGAAAUGAUAAGACUAGAACCACCAAGGUACCUGAAUACAAAAAACAGUUUUCUGUGUCACAGCCUUUACUUCAAAACAACACUUAAAAUCAGACUGUGUCAUUCUUUUAACACUGUAUAUAUUAGCAUUAUUCAAUUCAAUAGUUGUUGAGAGAUUUGACACCAUUAUAAAGUCUCUAUUGUGCCAAAAUACACAUGCAGUCAAGUGAGCACUCAGAAACUCUCUGGUUGAAUGGCCACUUUAAACUAGUGUCAUGUGAUCCAGUCUGUUGUUGAGACUGAAUGUGUGAAGAUAUGUAAGUCAAAGAAUGAACAGGGUGAUUUUCCUUUUCUACUUGUGUGUUUAUACACUGAAUUCAAACCAGUGAUGAAUACAUAUGAUAAAACAAUGUUUUAGUUAUACUGUAGAUCUGUUGUAAAAGCAAUAAAAAUAGAUUUUUUUCUGGUA